UCUUGGGACAAAUACACCUUCGUGUGUCGGCAAGAGGGAGACGUCCGGAAGGAAGUGAUGCAAUCGUCUUAAAUGAGGUUACAUAUAUACAGCGGCGUGUAGCGUAUCCCCACACAGCUGAGACGUAGCUCGGACCCGGAUCUGGAUUCUUGCUGGUACACAGAGACUGUAACUGCACACACUCUGAACCACCGGGAUAUAAACGAAUCCUCUCUACCAGAAUGAAGGCUGCAUUCAUCACAUUUUGUCUUUUUGGAGCAGCUUUUGCCAACCCAAUUUUACACAAUGCCCUGGUAUCGAGUGAGCUCGACUCAAACUCAACUGAAAGUUUGUCGGCUUCAAAAUCUGCUGAAAAUAACACCUCAGAGAUUCAGAGCUCAGAAGAGAACGUCUCAAAUCAAAGUUCUGAGUCAGAGUCCACAGAAUCCACUUCAGAAGACAAGACCUCAGAAGAGAGUAACAGCCAAUCAGACGAGGAUAACGGGAUGGACUCGAUGCCUGAAACCAAGGAUGACAGCAUGGGCAGUGAGGAAAACAUCCGAAAGAGUUGGGUGAGAGUGUUCCCAGGUUUGGUCAAAACCCUCAGUGCAGAGGACAACUCAAGCAGCACGGAGGUUAAAGGUCAACCAGAAUACCUGAACACCAAGCUGGCUGACAAACAGCCAACUCGCACAUCCACCAAGAAAGCUCCGAGUCACACAAAGCAGCCGCUGCUGGACACCACCACCACGGACAGCAGCGACACCACCAGCGACAGCACCGACACCAGCGACAUCACAGCUGCCACCAGCAACAGCAGCGAGAGCAUCAGCCAUGAAAGCCCUGAGAGUGAAGAGAACAGCAGCGAGAGCGUGAGCAGGAGCACAGAGGACAGUAACGCCAGUGACAGCUCCGAGCUGCAGCAAAUCAAAACCAGUGACUGUGUUAAUGGGACCCAGAGCUGUGAAAGUGAGGAGCACUUGUUCCAGAGUAUAGGAGAUGAUGCUCACUUCUCAGUGAACCACCUGAUGGUGCCAGAUGAUGAAGGGGAGCUGAGACUGAGGAGACGAUGACAUGUCUUCAUGUUGUGAGCAUUACUGAAGACUUAACAUUAGCAUUGCGCUAACUGCAGCUUAUUGACUCGUAUGUGUGAAAAUGACUGUCUUAUUACACCAUAAGCUUUACUUUGCUUUGAUGAUAUUUAAAAGCCAAAUUCAACAAUGUAUUCAGGAAUUUUAUGUUAAUAAAUAAAUAAACAUGUGAUCAUUGUUAUAACUGUCUUAUUACAAAAGAUAUAUAAGUUAUGCAGCUGUGCACUUGUCUCAAAUGUGUGUGUGUGUGUGUGUGUGUGUGUGUGUGUGUGUGUGUGUGUGUGUGUGUGUGUGUGUGUGUGUGUGUGUCUGUGUCAUAAGUAAUA